UUUGUUUUGCAGAAAAUGACUGGUUGUUGCGUAGUUGGCUGUUUUAAUUUGUUAAUAUUACUUUAAAUUACCAAUUUUAUACGUACAAUAAGAUAUAUUCUGGCAUUGGAGGAAAAGAAAGAAAGAAAAGAUUAUAAGAGCAAAAAAUGCUACCACCAUGAACAGGCAUACUGUUAGUUAAAUCAAAUUUAAUGUGUGGCUAUAACGUUAUCCAUUGGUUCCGCCAUUUUGUUUCAGAACCAAUGAAAAGUUUGACAACAUUGGCCAGACUCUUAUUUCCAGGGACUCUACCACGACUAACGGCGCGUGACCGCUUCCUAUUGGCGAGAACAUUUUAUAUAUUUAGCGCGAUAAUUAUUUAUUGAUACGAAGCGUCUCGAGCUUCUGAAGUCAACAUCGAGAGAAGAGACAGAGUCGAGUAUAGAGUCGCUUAGGAUGUUUCUCGUGUAAGCGAGAGGCUUUAUUUUUUUGUUUCCCGUGUUUUUUUCUCUCUUUUCGCUCUUUCGAAUUCGGAAAAAAAACAAAAAAGAUUCAAAGAAUCAGAAGAGAUUCAAAUUUCGAAGAGAGAUGGCGCGACACGACGGCGCGAAGAAUGAAUUUUCGAAAUUCGUAUAAAUCGCAACGGGAAACGAAUAAAAAAAAAAACAACGCCGUUAUACACAAGAUAAUACAACACGCAGAAAUAAUGAAAGAAUUUUUGCGCGCGAUGCGAAUUAUCGAUUGAGACGACAAAAUGGCAGUCAGUCACAACCGGAGGAGUCGCGUCGGCGGUAGUGUCCUCUGGUAACACCUUGUGUGUACUUGGAAACGUUUUGUCUUUUGUGGUUCACGGAUAACGGCUGGAUGCGCGUAUUACACGAGGAGACACACGGAGACAGCUGAGAAACGUGAUUGUUGUUCGUCGAUUGUGUUAAAAACCCUUGCGCAUUUAAUCGCGAUUCUCAAUCAUUUUCUCGCCGAUAUCGCGUCCCCGUGCCUCGCACGGUGCGUCGUGUUUCGGAAUUGUGGUUAGGGUUACAUUUUUUUUCCCCCGAACGUUCGCGUGCUGCCAUCUGUCGCGUAUGUCGAUUUGACAGGGCUCUCGCGUGAAGUUACGGCGAAGGUGAUUGGAGUACGCGAGUGUUUCGAAUUGAAUCGACGAAAUUGAGCGCGUUCUGCUCGCUGUGCGCGUCAUCAUCAGGAACAAACGUGUCGGCGAGCGAUUUGCAACCCGGUCCCGAUCAAACAAGACCGAGCGCAAAUAGCGAUUCGAUCGUCUUUUGCAGGAUAGUUGGCUUUCGAGCGGCCAAUAUGGCGGGCGCAUCGAUGAGCCAAUCAUAGCGCGGCUCUCUCUCUCGCUCGCUAUGCCGCCAUUCAUCGACGACGAGUCCGUCCACCGCGCAGCCAGAGACCCCCCUCUGGCGUAGUUCGCGUCAUUUGCCAUCGCCGAUCUCGCUAUCGUCAUUUGGCGAGUGUUUUUUUCGCUAUUGCAAAGCACGGGGAACGAGAAUUGGUACGCGGUGACGAGCGCGACGUUCACGCGUACACGCUCGGCGGAUCGUCCGCCGCGGCGAUUGUAUUUGAUCACGUGACCGAGCGCGAAAUCUCCGAUCGUACCUCCGUGAGAAAUGGCGCAAAGAUCAGAGUGCAUCAGACAUUAUGGAUGGAUCCAGUUCGUUGCCGCAGCGAUGUCACUUGUGUUUGUUUACAAGCGCGCGGGCACGCGCGCCACGUGUUGAGUGAGGAGGCGAGACGAAAAGAGAGAGAGAAAAAGGAGAGGAGAGACGAAAAGAGAGGCGAGGUGACUCGAUUAGAAGGUAGACGGCGCAGGUAAGCGGGGGUCCCUGCGCUACGGGCCCCCCGGAAAACAGGACGGGAUUCGUUUCGUUCUGCGAGACGGUUUUGAGGUCGAAGAGAAACGGCGAAGAGGAACGAUUGACAACGACAAUGACGGGUAGAGGCUCAAAGAGGCGGGGGCGCCCGCCCAAGUCCGUUGUGAUGGAACGUCCGAAGAAGUUUCAGUACCACUUGAUGAAAAAACCCAAGUAUCUUCAGAACAGAACGUCAACGACAGGUGUCGGUACCGAGACGCCGAACUCGCAACCUAGCACACCGACGGCGUCGCGGCCGACCUCGCCGUCAGUCGAGAGCGAGGAGAACAGCAAACGGAGCACGAGAAACCGUAACAAGACGCGAAGUGUUCGCGACAGACAUUCCCGCAAGGGCGGUCAUUCCGGAUCUUCCGCUGGCUAUCAGCGUCGCGGCUACAAUCCUAAUGUGGAUUAUCACGACUCCGAGUAUCAUUACGGCUCGGAUUUCGGCGACGAAUCCAGCGAGAAGAGCGAGCCCGAAGAGGACCCUAUUCCAAGCGAUGUAGAAUCUUCCGAGAGUAUAGAGGAGCCGGAUCCUUCUAGCGAUAGCGAUUUUUCUCUUUCUGGAUAUAGCACUACUAGUGGUACACCCAGGAAAACAUUGCUAAGCCAGCAGCGACCGCCUAGUCCUGAGCCAUUGUGGCUGCAGAACAGAGAACUGCCUUCAUUGGUGUUGCCGAAGUCUUCGGAUGAUCUGCUGGUUCCCAAAGAACUAGUCAUGCCGUCGCUCUCAAUCUAUGAAGUUCUCAGACAUUUUCGGACUUUGGUACGUCUUUCCAGUUUCAGAUUUGAGGACUUCUGUGCCGCGCUAGUGUGCGAAGAUCAAACCAAUCUUCUGGCGGAGAUUCACAUUAUGCUAAUCAAGGCAUUGUUGAGAGAGGAAGACUCGCAGCAGACACAUUUUGGCCCGCUGGAUCAGAAAGAUUCGGUGAAUGUCAGUCUGUACUUUGUGGACUCUAUGACAUGGCCUGAGGUGCUGCGUUCAUAUGUAGAGAGCGAUAAGGGAUUUGAUCAGAAUAUCUUGCAAAUAUUAACCACAACCGAAUAUCCCUUUACUACUAUUGAAGAUAGAAUCAAAGUCCUACAGUUUCUAACAGAUCAGUUUUUAAUUACAAAUCCUGUGAGAGAAGAUUUGUUACAUGAAGGGAGUAUGCAUUAUGAUGAUCACUGCAGAGUAUGCCACCGACUAGGAGAUUUGUUGUGUUGUGAAACUUGUCCAGCUGUGUUCCACUUGGAAUGUGUGGAGCCACCAUUGGUUGAUGUUCCUACUGAAGACUGGCAAUGUAGCACAUGUAAAGCUCAUAAAGUAACAGGUGUUGCGGACUGUAUACCUGAUGGCGAAAAGAAUGGAUUAUUGUGUAGACAGGAGCAUUUAGGAUUUGACAGACACGGCAGAAAAUAUUGGUUCCUUGUGAGAAGAGUUUUUGUUGAAAGUGAAGAUGGCGAAGUGUGGUAUUAUACUACACCGUUGCAGUUGGAGGAACUAAUGUUGGUCUUAGAUUCGAACGAAAUGGAGAUAGCACUUUGUCGAGAGUUGUCGGAUUACAAAGAGGAAAUAAUUCGUCAAAUGGAACUCACAGAGACUAUUACUAAUCAAUUCAAGGGAAAUAAGAAAUCUUAUUUGGAAGUGGAAAACAGUCUCAUACAAAAGAUACAAAAAGAACGGCAAGAAAAACAAGAGAAAGAGGAAGAGAAGAAAAAAGAGAAACAGAGACAGGAAGCAGAAGAAAUGAUACGCAAAAUGCACGAAGGUGCAGACUCUGUUGAGACGGAACAAGGUGAAGCGAAAGUAUCUAGCGAGAAUUCUGCUCCAGCUACACAAGUGCCUGAGGUUGUCGGUGAAACUGUUGAAGUUGAAGCUGAUGCAUCGUCGACGAGUGCAGCGACGAAUAACGAUAAAACGAACGCGAAAAAUAGCACCUCUACGUCAUCGUCCGAAGAUGUCGAUGAAGAAGCUUUGGAAGGAGAAGAGAAAAUUGGAAAAGAUGGUAAGAAACACACUAUCGUGACAAGAUCGAAAACUGGAUCGUUGCACCCGCGAACAUUUAACAUGGAUGAUCUAAAAAGACGGAGCACAGCUUCAUUGUCGAAAGAAGAAUUGGAAAAAUUGGACAAAAGUCUGAAAGACACUGAGGGUGAUGGAACGAGGCUGACACGUCAGAAAGCGCAUCAGAUCGCAUCGGGCACUCACUUGUUCAAAUUGGGUAUGGACAAUACUUACAAAUCGUAUGUCAAUCAAUAUAGCACCAAUCCCGUUGCGUUGAAUAAGGCGCAAAGGAAUGAGGAACGCGACAAGAAACGUCAUUUGUCGCACAAGUUUUCUCUCACACCGGCGUCGGAGUUCAAGUGGGUGGGUAGUCUGACAGGCACUCGCGCCUUGCUGGUCAGUACUUUACGUCAGACAAUCCUGCAAUUCGAGAGUAACAUUCAAGCACCUUUUAUGCAUACAAAUUGGCCUUUGUUGCGCAAACCGUGGACCACGGCAGUAAGCUCGUGCGUCAAUCCGCGUGACUUUGCGCGCACUCUUAUCGUCUUGCAAGCAUGUGUCAAAUCCGUGGUAUUUGCUAGCGUGUGGCACGAUCAACUUGGUCAUGUAAAACUUCAACGAGUAACAGCAUUGGAACGCGAAGAGAAAAAGCGGCAAGAUAAGAAAGAAAAGAAAGAGAAGGAGGAUGAAGAGGAACGCAAUCGGCUCUUUAAUUUUGUCAAGUACACCCUCGGUCUGAAACAUCAAGUUUGGAAGCAGAAAGGCGAAGAGUAUCGAGUGCAUGGUCAGGGAGGUUGGCUUUGGAUGUCGGCUAAUCGUCGUUACCGAUUCUCGGAAAUGACAAAGUUAGGCCUACGCGCUGGUCCACAAAAAAUCAUGGUACAGAUCAAAGAUCAGAAUGGCCUAAAGAUCCUUGCGCUUGAUCCGUCUUCCUACGAAUUUCUCAUCAAAGAGUACUGUCCGGUCAAAACGGAGAACAGCAUCGUGAAGCAGGAAGACAUCAAGCAGGAAACUACGAAAAAUAACGCGAUCAAGCAGGAAUGCGAUACGGAGGAUAUAAAGAAAGAGCCUCCGACUGACGGUGAAACAAAUGGCGUUGAUUCUUCUGUUUCGGUGAAGUCAGAAUCUCAGUUAGUUAAAUCGGAAACGAAGUCACAUCUGUCAUUUUUAGCUGGCAUGAAAAUUGAGAAAGUCUUUACUCCGAUUGUCGAGUUCGACGAGCUCGACAUUAGCAAGGCGUUAACCAGUGCCGCGCGAUUACAUUACCCAAAGAUUGGGAAAAAAACAAGAAUCGAUGAUUUUCUAGCGCGCAGAACACACUUGAAAGUUUUGGAAGAAAGAAGAUUGCUGCAAUCUGAAAAGACGAAAGAAUUAGCGAGUCACACGCCUAAUCAGAAGGGCGGAGAUGGCGAUUCUUCAGAGAUAGACAUGGAAAAUCACAGUAUGACGCAAUUGAACGAUGUAGACGAGAAUAAUACUACUGGUGGUGGCGGAGACUGCUCUUUACAAGGUCUCUUGUCACCUACUAACAAGCAGCAACACCAAGCAAACAAAAUAAUAGCCGUUCCGACAUCUAAGAAAGAGGUGCUCGCGGCAAUUGGCAGACGUCUUCAAGUAAUACGCGCCAAGUACACGACCGUCGCAAAACUCAGCAAGAACUGUUAUUCGUGCUGUUGCAUGAAUAACGUCACCAACAAGAGCACCGCCCCGCAAGUUAUUAGUGCGCAAACCCUGAACACUUGCUAUUCGCCUCUUUGUAUACAAAUGACAAAUCUGAAACGCGAACUUCUCACGCUGGUGCGAAAAGCGAACGCGUUGAACAACAAUCAGUCAACUUCCUCCUCGUCACACGUUGUCGUGAAAACGGAAAUCCCGGAAGAAACAAAAGACGCGAUUAAACAAGAUACGGACGUCGAAUCAACUGUUACACCGUCGACUCUAAAUAAGGACUGCAAGAAAAACGAUGCUCUCUCUCCUCCGAUGAAAAAGAUUAAAGUCGAAAACGCGGAGAAUGCCGACGUUACAACUGUAACGACGACAAGCAACGUUAUUACGACUACAACAACAGUCACGACAACUCAGCAAACAGUGAAGACCGCGGACGGCGUAACAAAAGAACAUUCGACUGUUAAUAGCGAUUCCGUAACCGUCUCAUCGUCAGUUACAACAACAAACAAAAGUGGCUCGAAAACAAUGAUGAUUGUUAAUCGUCGAGGAAGAACGGUGCAGAGAAGCGCAGCUAUCAAAGAGCUGCACGCCGAUGGUAGCGAGCGGAUUUAUACGGCGACAUCGACCGAGGGCAAAAUCUAUCUUAAAAAGGUGGCGAUUUCAUUGGCCGAUCGUAGAAAAAAACGCACACCGGUCAAAUAUCCGCUCUGUUCGACCUUUUGUACCCGUAACAAGCAUCGCAGUAUACUGGUGCUUCCUCAACACGAACUCAGAAAAUUAUCCCGCGUCGGCGGCAAGAUACCCGUGCAAGGAUUUCAUCAUCAGGCUAAAGCAAAUCUGUCAGUAUGGCCGUAUCCUUGUCCCAGACCGUUAUUCAAAACUUGCUGGUUAUACAGAACGGUCGGUUUGAAGUCGUUGGCCGCGGCUGCGAUUCAGUUGAGAAUACUCUGGGCUUGCCUAAGAUGGGACGAUAUGGUAACGAAACCACUGUCUACUGACGGCAAAAAUCAGAUUACCACCGACACUGAGAUUAUGUCUUUGGAAAUAUUGAAGCAUCGACAUGUCGGCCAGUUCCUCGACAGGACGCAAUAUUUGCGUAGGAAAGUUGUCAUACCACUUGAACUACCAAAGCAAGUCAGAGAAGUAACUUCAAUAAGAAGCGGUCUGAGAAAACGAAAACGUCCGGAAUCGCCGCAAAGUACCGAGCCACAAGUCACGGAGGAAUGGGUUGACGAGGACAAACUGGAACUGUGGGAAAUCAAGCAAUACGGCGAUAGGUUAGAGAAGGCUAAUGCCCAGAUUAUUACUAGGAGUCGUUCGGGAGUGCCCCAGUCGGGAAGCACUAGUGGUAAUAGAACCUCAGCUGGCGGAACAGCUGGUUUGACCGGCGAUCAGCUUGUGAGCGGUAAAGCAACACCAGAAGAAAUUAAGGAAAAGAUGGAACAACAAUUACGUAUGCAGCGUGCGGCCCAUCAGCAGAAGCGUGCUCUGGAAACUCUCAAAAAUCAAUCUGUUAAUUCAACGUCACCUACGACUCAACUUGUUAAGGUCACAGCUAAUUCCUCUCAUGAUGGUACAGUUAAAUUGGUUUCGAAAGUCGCAAUUCCAGCAAACCCGAACAGCACGAAGUCGCAGCUGACGUCUAUUUUAACAACUCCCGCACAGACUCCGAAGACUUUUAUUGGUACACGGCGAAUUUUUAUGACAAAAACACCGGAUGGAACUACUGCAGUAUUGACCGGCUCUAGUAUUUUACCAAAAACACCCCAGAAUCAGACGAAUCAACAAUCUUUGAUCAGAGUAACACAAACAGGUACUAACACGCCUGUGCAAACGCCGCAGAGAGUGCAACUCCUCAAAAUGUCUGAUGGAAGGGUGCACGUGCGUGGCUUGUUACCCGGGCAGCAAUUGUUCAAAUUGCCAGACGGAAAACUGCACGUAAUAAGUGUAAGCCAAGCAGUUAGCACUCCAGUUGCACAAUCUGGCCAAACAAACUCGACAUCCACAACUACUCCACAGACCAAGACUGCAACUGUUAUUAGCGCGACCAAAGUAAUGGCUUCCGAAAGUGGGACUACCACUAAAAUUAGUGCAAAUACAAAAUCUAGCCCGAAAACAACAGCAAGCUCAACGUUGCAACAAGUUCAAUCAUCGCCAGUUCAAGUUGUGCAAGCUGUUCAACGCGUUAAAUCAACUUCGUCUGCUGCUUUACCAACUCAAGCAACAAAGAACGCUAUUGUAGUUGCUAAUACGGGACAGACAGCGCAGGUAAUAUCUCCUGCUGGACAAGUGAUAAGCGGCAAUCAGAUAGUGGUUACAAACGCAAACUUGGCUCAACAAUUGGCAACAGGCAAAGCUCAAUUGGCAACAAUAGGAGGCCAUCAAGUAGUGAUACGUAAUACACCUACUGGAAACCAACUAGUGCUAAAUUCUACAAACAGCAAUAUAGUUGUAAAAGGUGCCAUCACCAACAAACAACAGCAAGUUUUACAAACAACACAAACUUCAACAGCUGUAACUCAAUCAACCACCAGUGCAACAACGACUACUUCAACUUCCACGACGUCGGUAGCCAGUCAUAGCCCUGCCAUGACGUCGGCUUCAGGAAAUAUUGAAGCUUCCUUGCUAGCUGGACAACCACCUGGCACGGUGAUCAAGUGCGUUACUGCACAAGUUAUUCAGACCACUGAGGGUCCGCGGAUUGUGCUGCAAGGUUUACAGGGUACGGAUUUCACACCGCAACAAUUAAACAUGGUGCAGCAACAAGUAAAGCAACAGCUUUUAAAAGCACAUGCAGCAACUGGCAAACAAGGCGUCUUAGGACCUACGAAGAUUUAUUUGGCUGUGCAGCCUGUUCAGACACCCAACAAUCAGCAGAACCAACAGCAGCAAUCUGCAACUUUACAGUCUUCAUCUACUUCAACUACAGCAUCAAUCUCGAAACAGCAAGAACAAUCUACAGUUUCUUCAUCAUCUGCUACUGAGCCACAGAAAGGAGCUGAAACCAUUCCAGAAGCAAUAACACAGACAAAAUCAGCGGACAAACCGAAAGUGGUUGUUCAACAAGUAGGACGUGUGACAAACACGACGGUGGACGAACUCCAAAAGGCGAAUUUAGCCAACGGACAGCAACCGUCCUCGCAGUCUGUUAAAGAGGGAGAUGAAUCAUCAUCGAACAAGUUUAUACUAACGCCAGACUACAUUCAACAAACUAUAAAAAAUGCCUUAAAACAAGAGAAUCUUAAUCCGGAGAUAGAAGAGAAAUUGUUGCAACUGCAACGUUAUCAAGAGAAACAGAUGAAGGGUGGGGUAGAGAAUUCGGUGGCUGGUAAUCAAAGUCAUCACAAUUCACCGGCGGUGACGACGCCACGUCCGCCGUCACGCAAACGGCCUGCACCUUCGUCCAACAUUCCAGCGACACCGACAGCGAUAACAACAUCGUCGUCGAAUACGCAAUCACCAUCCGGAGACGACGAUAAAGACGACAAAGAAUGGAUGGAGACUCCCAGAAAGAGACCAGCGUUGAAACAAGAAAGUCGCGAAACGACUCCAAAAAUGUCGAAACUAUCGGAGGGAAUAGAAAACGAGUCAUCAUCACCGAACAAAAACCGAUCUGCAAAACUGAAAGACAGUCAAGAACAGCGAAGAAAACAACAGGUGCAUUCACGAAUGCAGGUUUUAUUGUUCCGGCACAAAGAGCUCCUUAAGAAAGACAUCCUUAAAAAGAGAGCCUUACUCGAGAAAGAGCUUCAAAUCGAUAUACAGCCUCAACCAAUGUUAUUGCAGAAGGACUUGUCAGCUGAGCUCGCCAGUAGAACGAAAGCGGAGAGACACAAGCAGGACGAGGUGAAGGUGGGCAGCGCUAAACGAAAGGCCAACGCUCAAACGGCGCAACAGGUCAGUCCAUCUAACAAAAGUGGCGGUAGCAGUAAGCCGAAGAAACAUAAGACCCAAGGUCACAACACGACACCACCCAGUGGCUCAGCGGCUACUCGUAUAAAGAAGGAGAAGCUGUAUUGCUUGUGCAGAACCCCUUACGAUGAAACCAAAUUUUACGUGGGCUGCGAUUUGUGUAACAACUGGUUUCAUGGUGACUGUGUGGGCAUAACAGAAGAAAUAAGUAAAACUUUGUCAGAAUUUGUUUGCACAGAAUGUAGACACGCGAGAGACACACAGGAGCUCUACUGUUUAUGUAAACAACCUUACGACGAAUCUCAAUUUUACAUAUGUUGUGACAAAUGUCAAGACUGGUUCCAUGGCAGAUGCGUCGGCAUUCUUCAAUCAGAAGCUGACAAUAUCGACGAAUAUGUCUGUCCCAAUUGUCAACGGAAUUCCUCAGUUAAUUUUGCUAAUAUGAAGAACCUGAAUGCAAAGGAUCUUGAUUUAUUAAAAAAAUUAAUUAAACAAAUACAGGCUCACAAAAGUGCAUGGCCAUUUAUGGAACCAGUAGAUCCCAACGAGGCACCAGAUUAUUACAAAGUAAUAAAGGAACCAAUGGAUUUGCAAACAAUCGAACUCAGGAUAAAUGAUCGAUCGUAUAAAAAACUGAGUGAAUUUAUAGGUGAUAUGACAAAAAUAUUUGAUAAUUGUCGCUAUUAUAAUCCGAAAGAAUCGCCGUUUUUCAAGUGUGCCGAAUCUCUGGAGACGUAUUUUGUUCAUAAAAUCAAGAGUUUAAGGGAAAAAUUCUCCGAGGGAAAAUAAAUCAAAAACUACUGGUGUAACUAUAUGUUAUAUCGACUCAGUGAAAAGUGCAUGAGAAUUAUAUUUAAUACAGUGAAUUUCGUGAAAAAAAAACAAAAGAACAGAAUGAAACAGAAGUUUGUGCCAGUAUACAUAAACCUGAAAACUUUCAAAACGUAGAUUUAAA